GCGAAUAUCGAAAGCAACGAGGCGAAAUUGUUGCUAAAAUAAAAACAUCCAAAUAGUUCUUAUUUGUUCAGAUUUAAGGUAAUUUGGUUGUAUUUGAGAGUUGUUGUCGGAAGCAACAAUCGCGGCGAUGUCAUAAACAGAAAGUUGCAUCAAGAAAAUAAUAUAGAAAAUUUGCCAACGCAUAACAGUUACAACAUUGUGCAACUUCAAUAAGAUUAUAAAAGUAAUAAAAAGUGUUCAAUAUUUCAUUACUUGAAAGUGAAUGGAGCAAAGCGAAGAACAAAGCGAAAGCUUGGAUCAGGGGGCCAACGUAUUAGCGACCGUAUCAAGAGUGAUGGCAAGGCGUGAGGAAGCAAAUGCGGCGGUAGUGGUGCCACUGGAGUCUGAACAAAAUUUGGUUUUGCCCGCAAUGCCAGUGUCUGCAUCAUCAAUUGCAACAACAACAGGCGACGUUGCAAAUGCAACUGAUGCCGUAAUCGAUCUUUGCAACACUAGCCCAGCCCCUUCUACCUCGAAAUCAGCUGCCGCCACCAUAGCCGUAGAUAAUAGUCCUGAGGAGCAGUCGCAGGGUGGGGAGGACGCGGCUGGACCUUCAACCACAAUCGAAUGCCCAAUAUGCCUACAAACUUGUAUACACCCCGCCCGUCUGCCAUGUGGGCAUAUCUUUUGUUUCCUGUGCGUGAAAGGCGUCGCUUAUAAAAAUCGGCGUUGUGCUAUGUGUAGACGUGAAAUACCGCCUGAAUUCCUUGACCAUCCUGAUCUGGUGAAUGGCAUCGAUGACAUUUGUGCAACUAAAUCCACCGAAGAUGGUUAUCAGUGGUUCUACGAAGGAAGAAAUGGUUGGUGGCAAUAUGACGACCGUACCAGCCAGGAUAUUGAGGAGGCAUUUAAGAAAGGAGAAAAAUCCUGUAUCAUAUUGGUCGCUGGCUAUGUGUACGUAGUCGACCUGGAAACAAUGGUGCAACAACGCCAAAAUGAGCCUAGUCGUUGCCGACGGGUUAAGCGUGAUCUUGCCACGAUACCGAAAAAAGGUGUAGCUGGGUUGCGCAUCGAGGGAAACACUGUUAUAACCGACUCAAAUUUUGCUUCACAAAUCUACCAACAACAACAAAGUGUAGCUAUAGGUCUUGGUGCCUCGAAUACACCAACAGAUUCCUCAUCAGAUCUCAGCCUACCACUAAACUACUAUAACAUGCGCCACCCGGCCAAUGCGAGCGAUUUCAUUUCAACUAUUGCCGCCACUGAUGCGGCCAUACGUAUAGCAAGCGAUAUAAUCGGAUCCACAUUAGCCCAUGCUGAUGAACUUUCGCGCAACACAGCAGCAGUAGUGGCUGCUUCAGCUCAACAACACACAGAGGAUGAUGAACGCACUGCACAACAACAGUUGAGUGGCGUGAAUCGUUCCUUCCACCUUUUCCUAUCCGUGCAAUACAUUCUCAAAGAUUGCGUCAUCAGUAUAUUGGAGUUUUACAAAUCCCUACUGAUACCCAACUACUGUGUACAAAACUAAAACAAAAAGCAAAAGCCACUUGUUGUCCACUACAAAUAUCCCGUUAUACAUGUAGUAGUCGUAAGUCUAAUUUAUCACUCAAUAAUACAGAUUAGUAAAAUAAUUUACCAUAAAGCAUAAAAACUAGUUGAAGAAGAAGAGCACGGAGAACUAAACGCGCAUACGUAUUUGAUUCAUAUAACAGUCAGAGCGGUCUCUCACACCUGUGGAUGUUAUUCUCGUACUAAAAUGAUGCAAAUUUCUAAAUCAUUUUUCAAACUCAUAAAAUUAAUUUGUACUAAAUUUUAUAUUUCAUAUACUAUAACUUUGCAUACCUUUCUCCCGACCUAUUUACGUAUAUUUUCAGCACAGCAAGAUUUUGAUUUUUAGACCAAGCAGAAAAUAAUUUUUUAUAAAAUCACAUGCACAGAUUAUAUAAAGCAAUAAAGGUAGACACCAAAGUGUAUUUGGCAUAUAGGACUGCCCUAGUUCUCAUCAAGCUUAAUUUUCUUUUUGUCCUGUACUGUUUUGAUCACAAAUUUUCAUUAGCACCUGCCUACCUUUGAGCUUCAUACAUUCCUACAGCGUCUGUGGACUUCUGGCAAAGCAACUCAUUUGAUUUUAGCAGCUUUUGCUUUCUUGAUGUUCCGAUGCGAUUUUUAAAAUUUAAAGUCCCUUAGAUGCGAUCAAAUCAGAUCCGAAUUAGAAAAACAAAAUUUGAUCUUUCCCAGUAAAGCGGGACUGAUAGUUCGAGUACUUCUGGAGUAUUCGCUUACUCGCCAUUGUUCCCUAUAAUUCUGUGCAUAAUCAUAAAUUCUAAACGGGCUUCCAGAAUAUUUAUUCCUGAAACUUUCUAAAGAAGCAACAAGGUGCUAGCGAAAAACGUUUAAAACUCGUAAAAUAGUUUGGGGAAAAAGAGAUCCAUUAUUUUCGCGGUAGAUGACUGUAGAGAUCGAUAUCUUGCAAAGUAAAAAUCAAAAUAUUUAAAGUUUAACAUUUCACACUAAAAAACUUAUUUUGUUGUUUUUUGUUUUUUUCAUUCAGUUGUGAGUUACAGAAUGUUAAUAAUGGAAGCCAAGAAAGAGAAAAUCCGGUACAUUUUACAGUUUUUCUUUGAUAAAGGCGAAAACGCAAGCCAGGUUGAAUGUCGCUAAUAUUGGAAAUGGUGUUUGUUGUGCUGAUACUGUAACAGCUAAUUACGUGCAAUUUUGGUUUCAUCGAUUCCAUUUAGGCAUUUUUGAUGUUAAAGAAAAUAUCGAAAAAUGUUAAUAAAAUCACAGGAAUAAUCGAAGUUGACCCACAUGUUAGUAAUCGUAGUAUCGCCCAGGAUAAACCAUUUACGCAAUUUACCCUUGAUCAAAACGCUCCCGGAAUAUAUUCAGUAAAUUCAAAAUACAACUUUAUUCCUCAAAAAGGCUCAACUUUAUUCCCCUUCAAAGUAUUCGCAACAACUGCAACGCGCUAAUGCCAGUGCUUGCUCCAGCUUUCGAAACAUUUUUGGAACUAUAUUGUCGGUAUAGCCAUCAAAGCCGUCUUCGACCUUUCCAUUACGCCCUUUUGACUGUUAAAACGCAUUCCCCAUAGUUGUUUUUUGACUCGCUCAAACAGAAAAUCGCAAGAAGCCAUAUCAGGUGAAUUCGUUGCUGUUGAAAGGUAUAAAGUCCACGAGUUGUUUUCCCGCAAAUGCUCUUUUUUUUGGCGGAUUGCUUCACGUAAACAUCUCACCAUCCCCAAAUAAUUGUCCUUAUUAACUGUCUGACCUUCUGGUAAAAAUUCAAGGUGUAAUCCGUAAAAAGCAUGAGCAUCGCUUUCUUUUUUGACUGAAAUCGACGUGGUUUCUUUUGGUCUCGUUUCAUUCGGAGCUCUCCACUCAGUGGCCUGAUGUUUGGAUUGCGUGUCGUACUCAUAAACCCUUGCCUCGCCCCCAGUAAUGAUGCGUUUGAUGUAUGUCGGAUUUAGCCUUGGAAAUCAUGUCUUUGACGAUAUCAACGCGGUCCCUUAUUUGCAUGAAAUUCAUGUCCUUUGGGACCAACUUGGCAGCAGCACGGCGCAAACCGAAAUCAUUAACUGCAAUGCCCUGACCGGAUGCAUAAGCAAUGUUCAACUGCUCUGUCAGCUCUCUUAUGGUUAGUUUGCGGUUAUUGAUAAACUUUUCUUUCACUUUAUUCAUGUUUUCAUCAGUUUUCGAUAUCGACGGCUUGCUGCCAGAAAGGACGUCAUCCUCGAUGGAGUCACGAUCACCUCUGAAGCGUUUAUGCUUCUCUCUUUAGAGUAUCAUUACCGAAACGUUUUUCCAACAUUUCUAAGGUUUUCACACCAUUGAAUCCAUUUUAACGCACAAUUUAAUACAAACUCGAUGUUGCUAAACUUAUAAAAAUCCGAAACAAGUGCAGAGGUAGAUUUACUCAAGACGGCCCAACUUUUACAAAUGUUAAGCAAUGACGAUCAAAUUUUGGUAGGAAUGUUAACUACAGAUGUGUGAACCUAACCAGAGAAACAAAACUCAAAUCAGUUUGCUAAGAGCAUCACCGGGCGAUUGUUCCAGAACUUUUUAAUCAAGUUGGUAUUACCAAAAAGCAAUAUGUGAGGGAUACUUUUUUCUUGGACUCAUUUUAACACAGAAUUACAUAGAAUAUAAUUGACUGCACUGCAUAUGACGAAAUACUAUAUUAUUUUGCAAAAAACUACCGUUUAUCGGAGCAGAAAAAGCAACAAAUGUCAGCUAUUCCAAAGAUCCAAAGUAUUCUUCUUAUUUUUGCCCUGAAAAAUAAUUGAGCGGCACAAAAUCAAAAAAAUCUCAUACAUACCAAAAUCGAAAAAUUUUGAAUUUGUUAAAAUUUUGUUCAAAUAUGUGACAAAAAGGUCUUAAGAAUUUCGCUAACUCAGGAAUUCAAAGCAAAUUUGAAGCCGAUUUGUUCGUGUCUAGUUGACUUAAUACAUUUUUUUAGUGAAUACUUACCAAACAUAUCAGGUGUAUAUACAUAUGUGACCCUCGCUGAAUAUAUAUGAAUGUGCAACUUUUUAAAAAUCUUGCAUAAGCAUCCAAGUGGACCAGGGGAACCUAUUACAAGUCAACAUUGUCAGAGCGCUUCACCGAUUUUAGCCGUACUUUGAGUAAUAUACAAAGUGGUUUUCAUUGAUGACAAACCACUACCAAGGAGUUUUUGUGGCAGACACCACUCUUUGCGACUUAUGCACCAGACUUAGCUCCACAUAGGUACUUGCCGGCCAUCGUUUCGUUGCAUACGAAAAUGUGUAAAAGGAAACGAUUAAUAGUUUGGCUCAAAAAACGAACUUAUUUUUGGCGGCACUUUUUAAAAUUGUAUGAGAAAUGGGAAAAUACGAAGGUUAGAAAAUACUUUUGAAAAGUCGGUGCAAAAAUAAAAUUUACUUAUUUGCUUGCCUUUCUUAUUUUUCGACAUAGUCUUCUUUUUGGCUUAUACAAUAUAUGUACUUAGUCGAACGUUGUUCGAGCUUGUGAUCCCUUCCGAAUAAUAGGAGUUUUCCAAGUCUGAAAAAUAGCCAUUCCUCACUGCAAUUAUCUCCUCGUUUGAAUAAAAUCUUUUUCUCGCCAGCCAUUUCUUCAAAUUGGUGAACAAAUAGUAGUCCUAAGGAUUCGACGGAACCAAUUCUGGUGAAUAGGGGGCAUGUGAAACGAGUUGGAACCCUAUUUCCAUUAAUUUUGCGAUCACAACUGUUGAGGCGUGAGCUUUGUCGUGAUGGAAAAGGAAAAUCAGCUUCCUCGAUUCAAACGAAUGCCAAACACAAAACAAUUUGCCGAUCUGUCUGAAACUUGGUGUGUAUUUUUUCAAGAGAUGCUACUAACUAAACAUAACCUCAAUACGCGCCAGUAGUGCCAUCUCUCUGACUUUGCAUGAACGGUUCAAAUGACUCCCUUAUGUAACUAACAAAAGCGUAACUCUUUAAUUAAGAUAUUUGUAACAUUUUCGUAAAUUAAAGGUGUAUUUAUCAAUUUAAAAAAAUCCGGUUUCAUAGUUAUACAUCUGGUAUUAGUUCAAAUAUCUCAUUAAAAUCAAGUUAUUUAGCGUUUCACAGGUUGCUCAAUGGAUUUACACUCUUUGGCAGAGUUUUAUAGAUAUUAUUUCGAACUAAAUCACUAAAACAAACUCACUAUUUAUAGCUGCUUGUGGAUGCAAACUCUUGAAACAAACGCACUUUCUCUUACUUACAUGCAUAAAUACAUAACAGCUGCCAGUGGUUUUUGUGCGUGCGCAUGUUUACUUAGCUUCAUAAAUUCGUUUGCAGCAGUAGUACUAACCACCUCUAUCUGGAAAAAAAUACUGCCGAUCGAUUCAUGCCUUCUAUUGCAUUGCCUUCAUUCAUUCCAUGCGUGUUUUGUUUGUUUUUCGAUAAUUCAUGGACCUUCUUUUUAAAAUCAUUUUUAACAAACCGGAAAAUAGCCCAAAACGCCUGUGCAAAAUUUAUAGUAAAGCAUUUGAGAUCCUUUGAUCUUCCAAAUAUGACAUUUUCUUGAUUCCUUUGUUUGAUUGUUUUACAGAGACAAAAAACUCAUUCAGCAUUUGUUCGAAAGGUUUGAAAGCAACGGCUGCUACUUAACAAAAGUAUGCUUGGUUUUUUCGAAAUAUGUACGAUUGAAAUAAAUUAAAAGUUAAAUUGAAUAUAAAAAAAUUGAAAUAAAAAUUAACAGAGUACUGCAAAUAAUGGAUGAAAUUUAUGGGUCGGGCUUGGUGUAAUGCUAAGAGGGCAAUUUUAGGUAAAGUAAAUAUAAUGAUUUUUUUAAGAAGCUUGGUAGAGAUGUUAGGGAGUGGAUCCUGAACAACCCUUAUAGACAUAGAUUUACCUUCAAAGUGUUCUUUCCAAAAAUUCAUCGGCAGAAGAUGGCUGAAGACAGGCUUGAGCAAGUGAAUUCGGACCCAAUGUUUACCGAGCGCAUCAUAACAGGUAAUGAGACGUGGGUAUAUGACUUUGACAUUCAAAUCAGUCAACAGGCGGCUGAAUGGCGCUAUCCAGAUGAGGCAAAACCCAAAAAGCACUUCAAAGUCGGUCAAAAGAGAAAGUCAUGCUACUCGUUUUCGUUGAUUAUCAUGGUGUUGUGCACUUGGAACUCGUUCUAAAUGGUUCCACGGUAAAUAAAGAAUAUUAUUUGGAAGUUAUGCGACGUUUGAGAGGGAAUAUGCGUAGGAAACAGCCAAAUUUGUGGAAAGAGAACUCAUGGAUCUUGCACCAUGAUAACGCGUCGUCUCACAAGGCUGAUAUUGUGAACACUUUUUUGACCAACAACUCGACAAAUAUCAUCGAACAACCACCGUAUUCACCGGACUUAGCGCCUUGUCACUUUUUCCAAAACUUUGAGUCGAUAGAGACCAUUAAAGAGAAUUCGCUGAAGGAGCUGAAGAAGAUCUCUUCAAACGCGUUUAAAAGGUGCUUUGAUGGCCGGACUAAUCGUUGGCAUAUGUGUAUUGCUUCGAAUGGAGCCUAUUUGGAAGGCGACAAAAUAAAUUUUGAUGAU